AUGUCUGCCGCGUUCAAGAAGUCGUUCGAGGAGGUCAAGAACCUCAAGGCCGAGCCGUCGCAGAACGAGAAGCUUGAUCUGUACGCCUACGCCAAGAUCGCCCAGAAGGAGGACAUCGAGGCGAAGAAGCCCGGCAUGUUCGACAUCAAGGGCAAGACGAUGAAGAGCCACUGGCAGGCGAAGCUCGACGAGGGCGUCACCCCGGAGCAGGCCGACAAGAAGUACGUCGAGCUCGUCUCCCAGCUCCAGAGCACCUACGGCACGAAAUAG